AUGGCAAAUGAUGGGAUUCAGAGGAAUGACAACAGAAAGGGUUUUAAAACUGUACAGUUCUCGGCUUAUUCUAAAGAAAUUGACGUCAUAAUGAAAAAAAUAUCAUUCUUGGAAAGAAACAUUACCCAACAACUAGAUACUCUUCCUCAUUUUCCAAAAACCUUACCACCAAAUCACAAAGAUUGUGUAAGUAGAAAGCACAGGGCCAGGCGAGGUUGGAGUAGUCAGCUGAAAAACUUGCUAGGCAUUUACUCCAAAGAGGAAAUUUUUACUCUGGAUAAUUUAGCUGCAACACUGCAUGAUCAAGUUUUAAAGUUACAAGCUACACUUUUUCCCAAUGCCAUACUGAAACAGGUUCAUCUCGACAAUGCCAACAUAGAAAACAAGAGAAUUCUGAAGGAAAUUACAUAUAAAUACCUUUCCAACGAAAACUGUAAAGAGGAGAACAAAUUCGGAACAUUCAUCGUAAAGAGAAUUUUUUUUGGUGACUUAUCACUCGGGGUUUCCGUGUUAAUCAACCGUAUUGCUUUCGAAUCGGCCACAUCAUCCAUUAUGGUAGUGAGAAGUUCAUUUAUUGAAAGUGAUUUCUUUUAUGAAGAUUAUUUGAUUUUCGAUUGCAGAGCGAAACGACGAAAAAAAUUGAAGAGGAAAAUUUUGUUUAUUUCCACUACCAUGAAUUUCAAUUACCAAACCAAAGUCUAA